UUCCUUUUUCCUUCAUGGCACCCCACUCAGACCCCAUGAAAUGCUAACCCAAACAACCUUCAUAGCGGCCCACCAUCUUCUCUCUCUCAUCCCAAAAUGCACCUCUCUCUCUCACCUCAAGCCCCUGCACGCCCGCCUCAUCCGAGCCGCCCUCCACCUCGACCCCUUCGUGUCCGGCCGCCUCGUCGAGCUCUGCGCGCUAACUCUCCCUGACCAAAUGCACUAUGCCCGCCGUGUCUUCGCCCACGCGCCGAGCCCAAACCUCUUCACAUGGAACACGCUCAUCCGCGGCUACACGCGGGCUCAUGCUGCGCGCGACGCACUUCUAGCCUACCGCACCAUGCGCGCCCACGGCACCGUGCCGAAUGGCUACACACUGGGGUUUGCCCUCCAGGCCUGCGCCCAUGUGCGCGUGGCGGACGAGGCCCAUGAGGUCCAUGCUGACGCAGUGAAACUCGGGCUUGCACAUGGCUCAGUGGGCCUGUCGCUUAUGAGGGUGUAUUCUGUGUGUUGCAAUGUUUACUGCGCACGCCAAGUGUUUGACGAAAUGCCUCAACGAGGGUCCGGUGUUUGGGGUGCUAUGGUGGCUGGUUAUGUGCAGAACGGGAAGCCGAGCGAGGCCUUGGGUGUGUUUAGAGAGAUGCAAAAAUCCGGCCAGGAGGUUGAUGGAUUCACUUUGGCUAGUGUUUUAGGGGCCUGUGGGGCUCUUGGUGCUCUGAACUUGGGUAGGUGGGUGCAUGCGUAUAUAGAUAAGUAUGGCGUUGAUUUGGACGUGGUUUUGGCGACUUCGCUUGUCGAUAUGUACUGCAAGUGUGGACUGGAGAAGGCCAGGUUGGUUUUCGAGGCCAUGCCUUAUAAGGAUGUGAUGGCUUGGUCUAGCAUGAUCGGUGGGUUAGCCAUACAUGGGUUUGGAGAGGAGGCAAUGGAAUUGUUUUCAAGAAUGAAGAUGGCUAAGGUGAGGCCCAAUAGUGUGACAUUCACCAGCGUGUUGUGUGCGUGCAGCCAUGCGGGGUUGGUGUCUGAGGGCCAUAGGCAGUUUGAGAGCAUGCGUUUUGAGUAUAGCAUCAAGCCAGAGCCAGAGCACUAUGGGUGCAUAGUGGACAUGCUUUGUAGGGCUGGCCAAUUGCACCGAGCCCACGAGUUUGUAAUGUCGAUGCCUGUGAAACCCAAUGCUAUUAUGUGGCGGACACUACUCAAUGCAUGUGGGAUUCAUGGCGAUAUUGGGCUGAGUGAGAUCAUCACUAAGCACUUGCUUGAGCUUGAGCCUCAAAGAGGGGAGAAUUACGUGCUCGUUUCCAAUGUGUACGCUAGUCUUCGAAGGUGGUCUGAUGUUUCGGAGAUUAGGGGUUUGAUGAGGCACAAGAGGGCUAAGAAAUUCCAUGGAUUUAGCUCAAUAGAGGUUGGCAGCAUUUUGCAUGAGUUUGUGAUGGGGGAUGAAUCCCACCCUCAGUGGAAGGACAUAUAUGAAAUGCUUGGAAAGAUAGGUGCUAAGUUGAGUGCUGAAGGGCAUGUUGCAGAUACUGGGAGUGUGUUACAUGACAUAGAUGAGGAAGAGAAAGAGUAUGCCUUGGGGCUUCAUAGUGAGAGGCUGGCCAUUGCCUUUGGGCUACUUAAUGUGGGUGAGGGGUGUCCAAUAAGAGUUGUAAAAAACCUUCGUGUUUGUCGUGACUGCCAUUCGGUCACGAAGAUUAUAUCACAGGUUUACGAGAGAGAGAUUAUUAUAAGGGAUCGAGUGAGGUUUCACCACUUUAGAAAUGGGUCGUGUUCGUGUCGAGAUUAUUGGUGAGAUUUUUGGGUUGGCAUGGGUUAUACUUACACAUCAGGAAGGUGGACAACUCCGGUGAACCAAAACUCAUUGACACAAUCAACCAUUUGGGGUGACCUCAAGAAGGCCUUAACCUGGCCCCAUAUGGACAAUUUAAGUGUUAUUUACAGUUACAGUUAAGUGCACAGCUACAAUUAAUGCUGCAGUCUCAAUUCACGACCUGGUUGAAAAAGUCACUUAGAAUCAACAAGCACCACAGUGAUGAAAGAGCAUUACUCGCAAGAGGAAGGACCUGCUUAGAAUGAAUGUGGAAGCAACAUUUCCUUGAAAAUCCUGCUUGUGAAUUCCAUAAACUAGGUAAAUCACAGCUUCAAAGGAGUUUCCACUUCGGCUUUCUUCCAAGAUUGGAGCAUAGUACUAAGCAUAAUCGCAAACGCCCUGCCCGGGCUUCCCUUUGGAUCCCCUCCCACAGGUCGGCUUAAGCUUAACUUUGACAGAUGUUCCCUCAGAAAUCCAGGACCAUCCGGAGUGGGAGCCAUCUUUAGAGAACAUCUAGGCACUACUGUGGCUUCCACUUCCAUUCAUAUUGGCCAUGCCAACUCUAUGGAGGCCGAGGCGAUAGCUCUUCUGGAAGGACUCAAGCUCCUCCAAUCACUCUGCCUGAACUCCAUCUCGAUUGCAGGAGAUUCGCAGAAUACCAUGUCGUGGUCCCUUGCGCAUCUCUUUGAUCAGAUGCAUUAUUUGUGCAAGGAUAUGGACUUCUCUUGGAUGCAUACCUGGAGGGAAGGAAACCAGGAAGCAGACGCCUUAGCUAAAGAAGCAGCAUCAAUGGAUGGAUUUUAGAAGCUUCGUCGUCGGUCUUUUUUUGGAUCAGUUUCUUUUUCUUGGUUGUUGUUUCUAUACUGUAACCUUCAAAAAUAAGGCUUUUGGAUUCCUCUUUUGUUUUUACUUUCUUCUCUAGAGCAUCCGCCCUUGUGGAUUUGCCUGGUCUCUUGUACUCAUAUUUUUACUCAAUUUAAGGUAACUUUAUAAAAAAAAAAAACAUUUGUUUCAGGUACAAGUUUAAGAUCCAAAUCCUGUCUUCUUCUUUUUUUUUGAGAAUGUUUACUUGUAGUGAGGUAAAAAGAUAAUACAAAGGUUACCUCCCACAAGGAUUGGUGAAGGACAGUAAUACC